AGAAAGAGAGAGAGGUAGUCUGUCUGGUCAUUUAUUACUCUUCGUUGAGCCUUCGGCGCGCAAGGUGAAAGGCACCAUAUGUUUGUACCGAUCCGUCAACACUGGCCUUCGUAUAUACAAAAUGGCUAUACGAAUAAUCGAAUACCUGUUGCCUGGCCUGGCUGGAAUUAUUGAAUUUUUCAACGCUUUUCUCAUGGUGAAAUCGUAAUGUGAAUCGAGAACGCUACCAAAAGGUCAAAGGCAGAAGAUAACAAUCGUUUAUGGAAUUAUUUGGGAAUCAAAGUUGAAAGUUUGAGAGAGGUUAUAUGAUGGGAAAUGGCGGCACACUGCAAAGGUGCAAAGAGGGUGUGAACAUUUCCAGAGCAUUCCACUUACAUUUCUCGACCUCUUCGAUGUGAGAGCGGUCUGUCCAGAAAACAUGUUCGAAUGUAAGCUGAAACGAAAUCAGCCCUGUGUGUUUCCAUUUUUUCUUUCCUUUUUUUUAAAAAACUAGGAUUGGCUUUUAUUGGGGUCUUUCACGCAGAGAAAGUAGGUACGAUCGUGACUUAAAGGGAACUGCGUUUGGCUGCGGCCGGGCAUUAAAACGCCAAAAUUUUGCCCGCAACUACUCGGCGAUCACAAUUUUCGUGGUGACAUUAUUACUAUUAUUUCUUUCCCGUUCGAGGUGUAGGUGUCGUUGUUAGUCAGUUAGUCUCCAUCGCUAAACCUAGAUGGAUUAUCCAGCUGCCAAUCUAGGUGUUUUUUUAUCGACGAUAAUAUUUAUCAAGUGUGCCUGAUGAAAGAGCAUUUUUCUUCGAUAAAGACGGAUAACACUACGUGUAUGCCCAUGCCCAAACAUUAGCACGUCAGGAGAAAUCGUCAAAGUAAGCGAAGGGAUUGGCAUCAGCUGUUCAGCUUUUGUGUGUUAAAAUUAGCGCAAAUAGAAGAAAACAAAGUGAAAUCACACGCGUUAUCGGCAUCAUCCGUAAAACAUUGUGCAGUUGGGAAUACGCACGUACAUGCGCAUGAUUCAUCGUUUAUCUCUUGAUUGCAAAGUAGUUCCACUUGUUGAUUGAAUUGCUCUGUUAUUAGCCCAUCAUGGCUUACCGAGAAAAUCGUCUGCCCGGCACUACCAAUGGCUACACUCCAGGUGGAGGAAGUGGGGGAUCUCAAACAGAUAUUGAGGAUGGCCCAAGCUUUGUGGUUGAACAUUUAGCCACCUUCACUGUUUCCCAACAGAAUGAAGUCAUGUAUCCAGCAGACGGAAUGCGCCGCCUGUUGCACAUGGAAAAGACGUCUGGCAUUUGGACACAAAAGAUGAUUUUACGUCUUGACCGCGAAUGGGUCACUAUACAGGAUUUCGAAAACGGCGAAGUGGUUGAACGCUUCCCGCUCAACCUCAUUCUAGAACCGACAGCUUUCACCAGCUUGGACCCCAAGGAUUUGUACAAUAAUAUUUUCAUCUUCGUGGUUGGCGAAGAUCCCCUCAACCGUGACCCACCUGAAAUGCACAUCUUCCAGUGCGUCGGGGUCUCCUCCGAGCUAGUUACCGAAGACAUGAAGAUGUACAUGGCCGGUAACUACCGACCGAGCAAUCCGUCGCGAAUUCCACCCCCACCGAACAAACCUCCACCGGAGCCGCCCCUGAACGGCCAGGCAAACCACGCAGUUUUCAUGCGUCACAUUAACGAUGACGCCAGUUCAACCUCAAGCGAGCGCUAUGAAAAGGACGUGACGGUUCUGAACCGCUGCUUCGACGACAUCGAGCGCUUCAUCGCCCGUUUACAGCAUGCGGCCGCAGCUCGCCGCGAGCUCGAACGACGUAGAAAGUCACGAAAAUCGAAAAAGAAGGAACAAGGAGAUGGCAUGUUAUCCAUGAGAGCUCGACCGCCCAGCGAGGCAGAAUACAUCGACAUUUUCCAGAAAUUCAAACUAUCUUUUAACUUGUUGGCCAAAUUGAAAUCGCACAUCCACGACCCUAACGCUCCAGAGUUGGUUCACUUCCUGUUUUCACCGCUAACAUUGAUCGUGGAGGCGUCACACGAGUCCAACACCGUACCCAAUCUUCCGGCUCGUGUCGUCGCACCACUACUCACAUACGACGCCAUCGAGCUACUUUCCAAUUGCUUGUCUAGCAAAGAAACUGAGCUAUGGCACUCGCUUGGAGACGCUUGGCACACACCCAAGGACAAGUGGAACAGCUAUGUUGUCCCUUACGUACCGACUUUCAUGGACGGCUGGACGCCGGAUGCCUCCUUCUUCCCAGACGAAAAGGAGGAGAAUAAACGCUCAAACACGGAAAUGACGCGAUACAGCAACGAAUUUUUCUACGACAGCGACCGUGGAGAUCGAAGAUCACAUUCCCCGCCUUCAGACCGUGACUUUGGUCCACGCAGUGAUAUUUCCAAUGAUUCGAUCGAGAAGAAUGGCGACCCAGCAGCUCGUUUCGAACAUCAGCAACGUCGUUGGCUGGCCGAUCUAAAGGCCCGCAAUGCCAAGAUCGUCCAGGUUACAUAUCCACGAACGGCCAACAACGACAAGGAGCUGACUGUCGUCCGUGGCGAAUAUCUUGAGGUAUUGGACAAUAGUCGCAAGUGGUGGAAGGCUCGCAAUAUGCACGGCGUAACCGCCCACGUUCCACACACGAUCGUCACCAUGUUGGUCCAGGACGACGAUGUUUUCACUCCACCCUCGUCGGCUGGUUGGCACAAAGGCAAAAAAGGUGCUGACACCAGCGAUAGCUACAGUGAGGACAGUGACGGCCUGCCGGCCAAGAGCCGCCGACAGAGACGUAGAGCCGAGUCGGUGAUUUCUAUUCCGCCACCACCUCCACCUCUACCGCCCAAGGAGGUUGAAAUCAUAAAAAAACCAAUCAAAAAGGAGGAAGCCAUUAAACCGAAACCUAUGACAAGAAGCCUCAGCAGUCAAGACAUGAUGGUCGAAGAACUGAAGAACCUAUUAGACAUUUACCAACCGGAAAAAAAUAAAUUGGAUAUUCGUAAAACUCCCGAAAUGUACAUUACACUCAAAUCAACUCCCGACGAAGUUCGCGAUUGGCUCAAAGCCAAGGAAUUCGAUAUUGUGAUUCAGAAGCGUUUGAAUGGCAUGAGCGGUGAAGAGUUGUUUAAGCUGAAAAAGGCAGAUUUGGAAAAGUACUGUGGCAAAGAAGAAGGUCAUCGACUGGAUUCACAGUUAACUCUUCAGCGCAGAGCAUCAGGGUAUCAAACAAUGCGUUCAUCUGAACUUCAAGAAGCAUUAAAGAGAGCCCGAAUGAAAACAGAAACCAAGAACGAUCAACCGAAGAAUCCUACCAAAAAAGAAGACGAACGAUCGCGCUCCUCUGAAACAGGUGGAUCGCACAACAAGAAUGAUCGUGACUCCUCUCCGACGGUCCAGAAAACACCGAAGAAACAAACCAAAGCCAAAGCACCCCUGAACUUAGACAGCGACUAUGAUUCCGAUGACGACAUCGUCAUCCCAACCGGGACGCUACGUGACAUUAUUCGCAAACAGAAAAAGAAGAUGCAAAGCACUAGUAGCAACGACGACUAGAAAACCUAGAUUAUUUUUUUAAAUAUUUCUAACAGAGUAUAAUAAGUUUCCUUGAGAAUUAUACUUUACUAUAUUAUCUUUACUGUACGAAAUUCAUCGAAUAUUUAGUACUAUAUAUUACAUGGAUCAAAGUUGUUAAAAUUGAUGAAACAAUCUUAAAUUUUAGAAAUAGACGGACAAAUGUA